UUUGGCAUUGACAAACUUGAUGCGCUUCGGUCCGGCUUUGCUCUGGGUUUUUCUUGUGUUUCCGAUGCUUUAAAUCUUGUUUGUUGUAUUAUUUAACUCGUAUUGAAUACAAUUCAAACACCAUGGCUGAUAAAUUAACCCUUGAUAGGGCUGCCAUGAAGGACAGAUCCACUUCACAUCUCCGCAUCUAUGUCGGAGGUCUCACAGACAGUGCCACAGUUGAUGGAUUGUAUGAACAUUUCAUUUCAUAUGGCCAAAUCAAUGGUAUUGUGAUCAAUCGAGGUUUCGGAUUCGUUCAGUUUGAAGACGAAGAAUGCGUCCAGAAAGCUGUGAAUAGUGCCAAUGGGUCUAUGUAUCAAGGGAAAAGUUUGACCGUGAAGAGAGCUCAAACUAAUAGUGACAAAUCAAAACGGGAUAAUGAAGUGACAACAGUUCAAUCAGAACUGCCCCCAGCCGUCGCCCUCACCGACAACAUUCCCAUUGUUGUAGAGGAUGGUGAUGAUCAGUAUGACAGCUUUGGCAAUUACAUUGGAGAUCAGGGAGGCUAUAGAGAAGAGGAGCCGGAGUAUGAGGGCUACAACGAGUACGAGCCACGGCACGAGCGCGGGCGCGGGCGGGGGCGGGGCAGGGGGCGCGGCAUGCGGGGAGGGCCGAGGGGCCGCGGCGUGCCUUAUGGCGGGCGGGAGCCGCCGCCGCAUAGAGGAGGCGGCGACUGGGCUCCAGAGCGAGGGUACGAGCGCUACCCGGCGCCAGAGUACCCGCGCGCGCUGCCCGUGCCCGAGCGCAACGACUGCGAGAUCAUCGUCGUGUCCAAGGCACUUACUGAGUACGCGGAGUACAUAGAGGACCGUCUGAAGCGGCUCGGCAUCGUGGUGGACCUGCUGUUCCCCAUGGAGGACGUGCCCAUCGGGAAGGUGCUGGGCAACAUAGCGUCGCGCGGCUGCCUGUACGCGAUCCUGGUGAUGCCGCAGAACCAGACGCAGCGCUCGCUCACACUAACCAUCCUGCACGGGUUGCCGCAAGAACACCGCAACAUGCCAAUAGAAGACGCGCUGCAACUCCUCUCGCGCAACUUCCAAGAGGUGCAGCGCGGCGGGCCGACGGGGCGCGAGGCGGUGUACGCGCUGUUGGGACAGCUGGCUGAUGGAAGGACCCUGACUGUCAUGCAGUAUGAUAAAGUCAUUGAGUAUUUGCAGGAACGUCGAGAACAACAAGUGAAACUGGAGUUAGGCGAGCCGCUAGCCCCAGCCGCGGGCAAAACCGAGGUGGACUUACAACAACGCAUCCUCAGCAUUCUCAAUGAGAAGAAAGUAGCCCCCAAACCAAGCCCUGCCCCCGCGCCGCCGGCCAAUCAGAAACCUGCACUGUUGGAAGACCCCACAGUUAGAAAAGCUCUAGACUCCAUCUUACAGAAGUUUGUUUAGUUACACUUUAGUUUAAGUUCGUGUUAUGUGUAAGUGCAAGUGAUCUAUAAUUUUAAUUUACCAGUACGGUAUUUGAUUUGAAGAUUGGAAUAAAUAUUAAGUACCUUCCA